AUGACCCUCCCGUGGAUGUACCUUAUCCGAGCCGUGCAAGCACUCUUCGGCGUGAUCGUGAUAGGCUUGACAGGAUAUGUGGUUUCAACAUUCUACUACAGAUGGUCAUACUCGGAUACCGUCAACUUCCUCCUUUUCCUUGGUUGCUGGACUGCUUUUGUAGCAGUGCCCUACCUCGCCAUUACACCAAUAUGGUUCCCUCGCCUGGCACACCAUUAUGUGAUUCCUGCUGUUGAGGUGAUUACCAUGAUCUUCUGGUUUGCAGGAUUUAUCGCUAUGGGAGCGAUGUUGCCCCCACCAAGGUGGUGUCACGGGAGUGUCUGCAGCUCGCUCCAGGCAGCAACGGUAUUUGGGGCGUUUGAAUGGGUGCUUUUCACAGUGACCAGCUAUUUCGGGAUUGUCGAUCUUAUGCACCACGGCCGCGGUGGAGCGAAAACACAUACGAAUGUGCAGAUGGGAGUCUGA